AUGCACAAGCACCAGCACUGCUGUAAGUGCCCCGAGUGCUACGAGGUGACCCGCUUGGCCGCCCUGCGGCGCCUGGAGCCUCCUGGCUAUGGGGACUGGCAGGUGCCCGACCCUUAUGGGCCAGGUGGGGGCAAUGGAGCCAGCGCAGGUUAUGGGGGCUACAGCUCACAGACCCUGCCCUCGCAGGCGGGGGCCACCCCUACCCCCCGCACCAAGGCCAAGCUCAUCCCCACCGGCCGAGAUGUGGGGCCAGUGCCCCCUAAGCCAGUUCCAGGCAAGAGCACCCCCAAACUCAACGGCAGCGGCCCCGGCUGGUGGCCCGAGUGUACCUGUACCAACCGGGACUGGUAUGAGCAGGUGAAUGGCAGCGAUGGCAUGUUCAAGUAUGAGGAGAUAGUUCUUGAGCGGGGCAACUCGGGCCUGGGCUUCAGCAUCGCAGGUGGCAUCGACAACCCCCAUGUCCCCGAUGACCCUGGCAUCUUUAUUACCAAGAUCAUCCCCGGUGGAGCAGCUGCCAUGGAUGGGAGGCUAGGGGUGAAUGACUGUGUGCUGCGGGUGAAUGAGGUGGACGUGUCGGAGGUGGUGCACAGCCGGGCCGUGGAGGCGCUGAAGGAGGCAGGCCCUGUGGUGCGGUUGGUGGUUCGGAGGCGACAGCCUCCACCUGAGACCAUCAUGGAGGUCAACCUGCUCAAAGGACCCAAAGGCCUGGGGUUCAGCAUCGCUGGGGGCAUUGGCAACCAGCACAUCCCAGGAGACAACAGCAUCUACAUCACCAAGAUCAUCGAGGGGGGUGCUGCUCAGAAGGAUGGACGCCUACAGAUUGGGGACCGGUUGCUGGCGGUGAACAACACUAAUCUGCAGGAUGUGAGGCAUGAGGAAGCUGUGGCCUCGCUGAAGAACACAUCUGAUAUGGUCUAUCUAAAGGUGGCCAAACCAGGCACCCUCCACCUGAACGACAUGUACGCACCCCCUGACUACGCCAGCACUUUUACUGCCUUGGCUGACAACCACAUAAGCCAUAAUUCCAGCCUGGGUUAUCUUGGGGCUGUGGAGAGCAAAGUCAGUUAUCCUGCUCCUCCUCAGGUCCCCCCAGCCCGUUACUCUCCUAUCCCUAGGCACAUGCUGGCUGAGGAGGACUUCACCAGAGAGCCCCGCAAGAUUAUCCUGCACAAGGGUUCCACAGGCCUGGGGUUCAACAUCGUAGGAGGAGAGGAUGGAGAAGGCAUUUUCGUUUCCUUCAUCCUGGCAGGAGGCCCAGCUGACCUGAGUGGGGAGCUGCGCAGGGGAGACCGGAUCUUAUCGGUGAACGGAGUGAACCUGCGGAAUGCAACUCAUGAGCAGGCUGCAGCUGCUCUGAAACGGGCUGGUCAGUCAGUUACCAUUGUGGCCCAGUACAGACCUGAAGAGUACAGUCGCUUUGAGUCGAAGAUACAUGAUCUGCGAGAACAAAUGAUGAACAGCAGCAUGAGCUCUGGGUCUGGGUCCCUCCGAACGAGUGAGAAGAGGUCCUUGUAUGUCAGGGCCCUGUUUGAUUAUGACCGGACUCGGGACAGCUGCCUGCCAAGUCAGGGGCUCAGCUUCUCCUAUGGUGACAUCCUGCAUGUUAUUAAUGCCUCUGAUGAUGAGUGGUGGCAGGCCAGACUGGUGACCCCACAUGGAGAAAGCGAGCAAAUUGGUGUGAUCCCCAGUAAGAAGAGGGUGGAAAAGAAAGAAAGAGCUCGGUUGAAAACUGUGAAGUUUCAUGCCAGGACGGGGAUGAUUGAGUCUAAUAGGUCGAUCAAAACGAAACGUAAAAAGAGUUUCCGCCUCUCUCGAAAGUUUCCAUUUUACAAGAGCAAAGAAAACAUGGCCCAGGAGAGCAGCAUACAGGAACAGGGAGUGACAUCCAACACCAGUGACAGCGAAAGCAGUUCCAAAGGACAAGAGGAUGCUAUUUUGUCAUAUGAGCCAGUGACACGGCAAGAAAUACACUACGCCAGGCCCGUGAUCAUCCUGGGCCCAAUGAAGGACCGAGUCAACGAUGACCUGAUCUCGGAGUUCCCGCAUAAAUUUGGAUCCUGUGUACCACACACCACCCGGCCACGGCGUGAUAAUGAGGUGGACGGACAAGACUACCACUUUGUGGUUUCCCGGGAACAAAUGGAGAAGGAUAUUCAGGACAACAAAUUCAUCGAGGCCGGCCAAUUCAAUGAUAAUCUCUAUGGGACCAGCAUCCAGUCAGUGCGGGCGGUUGCAGAGAGGGGCAAGCACUGCAUCUUAGAUGUGUCCGGCAAUGCUAUCAAGAGGCUGCAGCAAGCACAACUUUACCCCAUUGCCAUUUUCAUCAAGCCCAAGUCCAUUGAAGCGCUCAUGGAAAUGAACCGACGGCAGACAUAUGAACAAGCAAAUAAGAUUUAUGACAAAGCCAUGAAACUGGAGCAGGAGUUUGGAGAAUACUUUACAGCCAUUGUACAGGGUGACUCACUGGAAGAGAUUUAUAACAAAAUCAAACAAAUCAUUGAAGACCAGUCUGGGCACUACAUUUGGGUCCCGUCCCCAGAAAAACUCUGAAGAAUCCCCUCCAACCAUUCUCUUGUGAACAGAAGAAAUCAAGUCCCUCUUCCCUCCUCCCUCUUCAUUCCUGUCCCCAUGGGGAGAACAAAUGACUACUGUUCUUGCCCCCUUUUUUAGAUAUGUCAAAAAAAAUUGAGUUUUCUAGUCCUGUUCUGUUUUUUUUUUUAAUUUUUUGUUUAGUUUAUUUUGGGGGAUGAUGCCAUCUCACUCAUCAUGUGACUGUGCCCAUUCCUGCAUGGACCUUUCCCAAGCGCUAGCACAGGUGCAGACCCAUCAGAGUCAUUGUUUUCAUAAAAACCAAGCAGAAGCGAAGAGAAGAGAGGAGGACUGGUGGAAAGACAGACUCUGGACAGCUGCACGGUUUGAGAAGUGAGCUCGACACGCCACGUGAUGAGAUGCUCCUGGGCAUUUCUACCCAUCUGUACUGCUGUCUGGCAGCUCUGAACGGUGCAACAUAAUGGCUACAGAAAGUAUCUUAUUUAUAUAUAGAUAUAUAUAUGUAAUUUAUAUAAAAUAUAUAGAAAUUAUUAUAUAUAUAUAUUAUACAUUCUCAUAUAAUAUAUAUAUAUUCACACACAUUUGGACUAGACAAAUCUAUGGAGACUUCAUCAAUGGUACUGUGUUACUAGAGAAAUGCUUUAAUUUUCAUAUUCCAGUCAAAUGGCAUCUUCCAUUCCACCUGGUUGGGGAGGGUUGAACAUGGUAGCGAGUGCUGUGCCAAGAGUGCUCGCUUUUGGUCAUUCUCUUGAGAGUUGAGGUCUUCUCCAGGACGAGGUCAGCCAGAGGCCUGUGAGAAAGGGCCUUCACCUGGGGAUGGGGGGAGAGGGAGCAGAGGGGCAGAGACUUGACCCUCAAGCUGCUGCCGCCCUUGAGGUGCAGUCAGUCCUGCAUGGAGAGAAUGGCUAACAGUGCUCCAUAUUAAAUUGCCUAUUGUUUUAUGCCACCUGAUGUGUCUGCAUGAGAGGUUUCCUUUUUGUUCAUUUUUAAGCUGCUGUUAAACCAAAACCAUGUUGUGCUACUGUGUCAGCCUUUUCAUUAUUCCAAAUUUUACUUUUACUAUUUAAGUGAAUGCGUAGAAUCCAAUUGGAAAGUGUUCUAAAGGCUCGUGACGUUCUGGAGGAGCCCGGCCUAGUGUAUGAUAGAAUAGGUGACCCAGGCUUGGCCAUCCAGUCAGCAGAAGGGGUGUGGGGACCGGCGAAGGCUGAGGGCAGGAGCUGGCACUCUGGACUGUGAUGUCUGUCUCUACUCAUCUGCCAGGGACAUGUGGGACUCAGCCGAGGCCCCUUUGCGGGCACCUGUCCACCGACAGAGACAGGGAAUCACCUGCCUUCCAGUUCCAUGCCAGAUGCAGGGCAGCACUGGGCUUGGCCAGUCGCAUGCUGAGGAACGCGAUUUCAGUUUUUUCCACAGCUGCUUCACAUUUCCCAGCUCUUAACCAGCAACUGGUCGCUUACUGUUUCUUUGAGAAAAAGUAGGCUUGAAUGCUGUCAAUCUGAACAAUAGUGCUAAGAUUCACUUACUGGUGAGAGAUAAAACCUUGUUGCUUUUUCCCAGAUCAGAUGGCAGUGAUUGUGGUUAGUGGAGGUUUUCUCCCACCACAGGUGCAGGCUGCAGGUGUGACUCAGGCCGCUCCCCCACCCCCACCCUACCAUGCUCCUUUGAAGCCACUGUGCCUCCCUCGCCACCAUGCUGGAGGCGUGACCCAGGGGAGAAGAACAUGGAGAGGCUUGGCCCAAGGGUUGGGUGUGAUGUUUCCCAGCCCACCAUGUGAUGGCCAGUGCAAACGAUGCCAUGCUGAGGUCUCUGUGAACACUACCAGCCAUACUGGGGAGAUGUGUUAACGGAUGUCCUACCAGUGUAAGGAGUCUAACUGAAGUGUGGGCCCAGAAAGAGGGUAAUGAAAGGGCAGCAGCUUUACCUGGACAGUACACUGGGUUGAAGGCAAGGAGAGGGAUAGAGUGAUGGCCAAGGAUGACCCUGGUGAGGAGGGGGUGAGCAGGAGUGUUGAUGUUUCUGAUGCUAAGUGAUGUGGUCUGACUGAUGCUCAACCCUCUCCCAGGGAAGAAAAGCAAAGAUUCAGAGUAAGCAUGACACUAGUUGGUUUACCAGUGUUCCUUCCAAGGAAACAUAUAUUUUUUAAUAAAUGAUAGUUGCAAUGAACUGUGGCUCAGUGAUCUUCUUGGA